AUGUACAUCACUCUCUACUACGUAGUCGCACGCCUCCCUGACUCCCUCCGCGUAGUCAGGGACCACUUUCUCGCAGUCUGUCCCACCACUCUCACCGUCGACCUCCUCGAGAAGGCCCUCCUCGCAGCGGAGAAGAGCAUAGUCGCUGUCGGUGCCUCUCGUGGUGACCCUCGCACCCCCAUCUUUGAGGGGUGCUCUCCUUCCCCCUUGCUGCCCUCUGUUGCCUCUGCUGCUGCGGCCGACCUGCUUGGUCUUGAGUCGGUCGGCGCGGCGUCUGCCCCUAGUGGGAGACGUCGCUCUGGCAAGGGCAAGGGGGGCAAGGGCGCGGGCGGAGCUGGAGGGGGCGGUGGCGGUGGCGGCGGAGGCGGCGGAGGGAGUGGGGGUGGCGGCGGGAGUAGUGGUAGUGGUGGUGGUGGUGGUGGCAGCAGCGGCGGAGACGGUGGUGGUGGUGGCACCGGUGGUGGUGGAGGCAGCAGCGGGAGUGGAGGCGGUGGAGGUGGAGGCGGUGGAGGUGGAGGCGGUGGAGGCGGCGGCGGAGGAGGCGGUGGUGGUGGUGGCCAGCGCUUGCAGCGGCAGCAGCAGCAGCGUUCGCGGGACAUCCCUCCGCCUCAGCAGCUUCGUGAGUGGUACACUGCGCGUCAGAGGGGUGGGGGUACUGGUCCCUGCGCCUACGUUCUUCGUUCCGGCGACCGCGCGGGUGAGCAGUGUGGGGGUGCCCACUCCACCCAGCGCUGCUUUGGCCGCCUGACGGACACUUGGCGUCAGCAGUUCCCCGGGGCUAGUGAGAUCCCUCGCUGGGAUGAGCUCCUUAGGGCUGGUGUAGCGAUCUUUGAUCUUGAUUUUGAUGCUAUCCUUUCUGCUAUGUAUGCUGUGACUUAUAGUGAGGAGAAUGAGGGUUACCGGUGUUUCCAGCCCGACCCGGGCAUUGGUACUGCUGCCCUAGGUACUUGUGAGGCUGCUGCUCUAGGUGCCAGUGCGUCUGCGCUCUCAGGUACUAGUGAGACUGCGCUCUCAGGUGCUGGUGAGACUGCGCUCUCAGACCGCACUACCCUCACGCCACUUGGCCGACCGGUUGCGGUCUCCCUUGCUGACCCCUUUGGGGGUCCUGUCCUGUCUCACUUCUCCACUGUCCUCCCGUGUCCGGCUGCCCCUUCGGGCACCCUGUCUGGUCUGUACCUUCCCUCGUUCUCUACGAACUUGGUGAGUGGUGCGGACCUACAGGAUGCGGGGGUUCACCAGUUCACUCCUGCGAGGCGGCGGGUGACCCACUGCACGGACGCAGACACAGGCCGACACCUGGCCACCUUUUCGCGUCGGCCGGGGUCGAGUCUCUACACCCUGACCACUUCGUCUCCUCCUGUCCCUGUGUCUGGUCAGGUAGCUGCGUCAGGUCAGGUGUUUGCUGCUGCGUCCCGGGCCUUCCUGUGUCCCCUGUGUCGAGGGUCGCCUCCGGGCUACUAG